AUGGCUGAUUUCACCCAAGCCAGCUACGAAAAAAACAAAGAAGUAGCAAAAUCCAAUUCAAUAGAAUCAUUGGCGAAAGUGCCUUUCGAACGACUUGAGAAAGUCAUGAGAGAGGGUUUCCUGGCAAUGACCAGCUCUAUGGAUCACUUGUCUCAAAGCGUCACUCAGACCAUUGAGAGAGGACAUCUAAAUACGACCCUACAAGGGAACGAAACGAGAGCAUAUUUAGGUCACCUCUUCGAACGGGCCAUGCAGGAAGAGCAAGAAGAUAGAAUGGUCCGAAAAGAAGAUGGGAGAUUAUCAAGUACCAAAACACCAUUAUUGAUACAAGGAUAUGCUGCAGGGCAAACAAGUGGGCAUGCCCAAUCAGCGCCUUCAGAAAUGGCUAUCAAAGACCCUCUUAGAUCGUCUUAUCAAGUAGACCAACCCACGGGGUUUAAUGUCACCACAUUGGCACUGCAUAUGCCAAAGGUGAUUUCUCCUCCCAAGGAAGUCGCCAGUCAGCAUUUCACUUCGUUUGGAACUCCCUCCAAAUACCAGGCUCCAAAAACUGGCGAACCCGCUUUACCACCAGAACCAGUCCGAAGAAAUAUGCACGCUGAUAGAUGGCGACAACCAACAGGGUUUAACGUGCAUAUCGCCCACAACAAUGGCAACAAUAGAGGUAACAGACGGGAAAGGCAAAACAAUGCCUAG